CGGCCAGCCGGAGAUAGAGGAUAUAUAGGCCCUGUCGAGGUGCGUCUGGAGCUCGCGAAUCGCCCUAUAGCGUACGACUUGAUUGAUUGAUCUUCUUCUUGCCCUCUGCGACCAUGUCGUCAAGGUUGCAACUCGCUCGGGGUCGGCUUCUCCGACCAUCCACCCUGUCGUCAUCGAACCGGAUCCUUCAACCGUCCCUGGGACUGCGUUCCCUUCCACGCGCUCGGUUGCUGCCAUCCUUGUACGGCAAUAUCACACAUAGUCCCUCGAUCCUGCCUGCUCGCAAUUAUGCCAAUGGACGUCCCCAUCCUCCCGGAGGCACGCAUCGCAUGAACCUAGGCGGCGAGCCCGAAAAGUCAGCGUUGGAACAAUACGGUGUCGACCUCACAGCCAAGGCUAAAGCAGGCAAACUGGACCCCGUCAUCGGACGAGAUGCCGAAAUCCAUCGUACGAUCCAGGUGUUGUCGAGGCGGACGAAAAACAACCCAGUUCUCAUAGGAGCUGCAGGUACUGGUAAAACAGCUGUCAUGGAUGGUCUGGCACAGAGAAUCGUUCAGGGUGAUGUCCCCGAAAGCAUCAAGGAGAAACGUGUCAUUUCCUUGGACCUGGGCUCUCUUAUUGCCGGAGCAAAGUUCAGGGGUGACUUCGAAGAACGCUUGAAAAAUGUUCUCAAAGAAGUCGAGGAUGCGCAAGGGGGCGUGAUCCUCUUCGUUGAUGAGCUCCACACCUUGCUUGGGUUGGGAAAAGCAGAGGGCAGUAUCGAUGCCAGCAAUCUUCUCAAGCCGGCAUUGUCCCGCGGUGAACUUCAAUGCUGCGGCGCUACAACUUUGAACGAGUACAGGUUGAUUGAAAAGGAUGUCGCUUUGGCGAGACGAUUCCAGCCCAUUCAAGUCGGCGAGCCCUCGGUAGCUGCUACGAUCUCUAUUCUGCGUGGUAUUAAGAACAAAUACGAAGUCCACCAUGGUGUUCGGAUUACGGACAGCGCCCUGGUAGCUGCGGCAACUUACAGCAACCGUUACAUUACCGACCGUUUCCUUCCGGACAAGGCGAUCGAUCUCGUUGAUGAGGCGGCAUCGGCCCUACGCUUGCAGCAAGAAUCGAAGCCUGACGUGAUCAGAGAGCUCGACCGUGACAUCACCACUAUACAGAUUGAACUGGAGUCUCUUCGCAAGGAAACCGACGUUAGUAGUCGCGAGAGACGCGAAAAGCUGCAGGAUGACCUGAAGGCCAAGAAGGAAGAAGCGGCCAAACUGACCGAGGCAUGGGAAAAGGAAAAGGCUGAAAUCGAUGAGCUUAAACGCACGAAGGAGGAGCUGGAGCGUGUUCGUUUCGAACUGGAACAGGCCCAGAGAGAAGGCAAUUUCGCGAAAGCCGGUGAGCUGAGAUACUCGACCAUCCCGGUUCUGGAAGCCAAGCUGCCCAAGGAGGGCGAGGAGCAAGCUACAAGUGGCCAGAACAAUUUGAUUCACGACUCAGUAACUGCCGACGACAUAGGAAAUGUGGUAUCUCGGACCACUGGCAUCCCUGUCAACAAACUCAUGGCCGGGGAGGUUGAAAAACUUAUCAAAAUGGAAGACACGUUGCGCAAAUCUGUUCGUGGACAGGAUGAGGCACUCUCCGCGGUCGCCGAUGCAGUUCGCAUGCAACGGGCAGGGCUUAGCGGAGAAAACCGGCCACUAGCCUCGUUCAUGUUCCUGGGUCCUACUGGUGUUGGAAAAACAGAGCUUUGCAAGAAAAUGGCCGAGUUCUUGUUCUCCACCGAGUCGGCUGUCGUCCGGUUUGAUAUGAGCGAAUUCCAAGAGAAGCACACUAUCAGUCGCCUGAUCGGCUCACCGGCUGGCUACGUCGGUUAUGAUGAUGCAGGCCAACUUACAGAAGCAGUCAGGCGGAAGCCAUACGCAGUGCUGCUUUUUGACGAGUUCGAGAAAGCACAUCGCGAUAUCUCUGCUCUGCUGCUGCAGGUGCUCGACGAAGGAUUCCUGACAGACUCCCAAGGCCACAAAGUCGACUUCAGGAAUACUCUAAUUGUUCUGACGUCGAACCUGGGUGCCGACAUCCUCGUAGGCGCCGAUUCCCUACACUCCAAAGACAACGGCAGUGAUGAAAUUUCACCCGAGAUCAAGAAAUCUGUCAUGGAUGUUGUCCAGUCUGCCUAUGCCCCGGAAUUCCUCAAUCGUCUGGAUGAAUUUAUUAUCUUCAAGAGAUUGUCUCGCGACGCUCUUAGGGAUAUCGUCGAUAUUCGAGUUAAGGAACUCCAAUCACGACUCGACGAUCGACGUAUGACCCUGCAGGUUGAUAACGAGAUUAAGGAGUGGCUCUGUGAAAAGGGUUACGAUCCCAAGUACGGCGCUCGUCCUCUCAAUCGUUUGAUUUCUAAAGAAAUUGGCAACAAGCUGGCCGACAAGAUCAUCCGUGGUGAAGUCACGUCUGGACAAACUGCUCGCGUCACCUUCAAUGCCGACAAGAGUGGCCUUGCCGUCGUAGCAGGACCAGCAGAGGCGACCGAGGCUGAAACUUCUUGAAUGACUGUCUUGGGAUUGUUGGGUAUCUGGUGCUACGGUUGGUUGGAUUCUUGCAGGGGCGUUAAAAAGACGAUGACCUUAUGACUUGUACUCUCCACUUUUGUUUGUAUCAUAGCAUGAUCUCUGAUGUACCAUAUGCUUUAAAUCAACUGUUUGUAUAUGUAUAUAUAUAAUACUUGCAGAAUAAUCCAUGAUUUAA